CUCUUACUCGAUGUCACCGAUGAUGUGGCCAGUCACUAUCCUCAGCUCACUACCUACGAGGCACGAGGCGCCGGACCCCUUCCUGAUGCCAUUGACAAACGACCCUCUUCAGCAUUCCUCACUUCUCCUAGUUCCCCUACAGCCUCAACUGGUGCUUCUUUAUCGACUGCUCCGGGUUCGUCGUCCCACUCUUUAUUCCUCUCAAAGCCUGGCCACUUUCAAAAACUUCGACUUGAGCCAAUCAUCCAUUUUACUGCCGCUACAAUGACUACGUAUCUGAUUUAA